GUUAAAAUGUAACGAUUCACGAGCUUCAGGAGGAGCACCGCCAGUAAAGUGUCGGCGGUACCGGAGCGGCUCGGCUGCGUUCUCCCUCUCCGUGGAUGUGGGAGACAAGAAGCACCGACAUCAAAUGACAUGCGAACCGGAGGACGCCGCCACAGAGACGGAGGACGGGGCUGACUCAUAACACAUUCAUAUGCGGCUGAUGUAUGCAACCAGUGAGGAGUCGACAGCCCUCAGGAGCUACAGCACACCUCCCCUCCACCUCCACCACCUCCUUUGUAAAGGGGCAUGCCUUCUGAAGCAAGCGUCAGCAGUAAGGAGAUGCUGACAGGACAGAGGCUCUGCCAUUCAAAGUCCCACCAGGAUUCAGUUCUGUCUGCCCUCAACCAGCAGAGGAAGGAUGGCCAGCUGUGCGAUGUCACCCUGGUGGCUGGGGAGCAGAAGUUUCACGCCCACAAAGCCGUCCUGGCAGCAUGCAGCGACUACUUCAGGGCCAUGUUCAGUUUGUGUAUGGUGGAGAGUGAGGCAGACGAGGUGACGCUACAAGGAGUGACCAGCGUUGGACUAAAACAUGCUUUGGAUUUUGCCUACACCGGACAGAUUCUGCUGGAGCCAGCUGUCAUCCAGGACGUCCUGUCUGCAGGCAGCCACCUUCAGCUGCUGGAGCUCCUCAGCCUCUGCUCGCACUACCUCAUACAGGAGCUCAGCAGCGUGAACUACCUGGAGCUGUACCGCGUGGCCGACCUGUUCCACCUGCCCGCCUUGGAGGAGGCCGUGGUGGGCUUCCUGGUGGAACAUCUGUCUGAGCUGAGCCAGAGCCGACAGGACGAGGCCCAGCAGCUGCCCUACCGCCUCCUCAGGGAGGUGCUGAAAAGUGACCGCCUCACCUCCCUGAGCGAGGAGGAGAUAUGGAAGCUGGUUGUUCUGUGGCUGGAGCAUGACUGCCGUUACCAGUACACCGAGGACCUCCUGCAGCACGUCCGCUACGGCCUGAUGGACGUCCCCACCUUACACCACCUAGCCCAUAGCCAUCCUCUGGUCCAGUCCAGUCCCAUUGCUGCGGCCCUGGUGGACGAAGCCCUGGACUACCACCACGCCACCUUCGCUCAGCCCCUCCACCAGUCAGCCAUCACCGGGCCCCGCUUCCAGUCCCUCACACUCUACAUCAUCGGAGGGCGAAAGCGGGAGGUGAGCCGGGUCAGGGAGCUGAGGUACUUCAACCCUUCUGCACAGGAGCAUGUGCGCGUGGCGGGGGGGUCGAACUGGAGCGAGCUGGCAGCCAUGCCCACCGGGCGCAGCCAUCACUGUGUGGCUGUGAUGGGGAAUUUCUUGUUUGUGGUAGGUUCACUUGGGGGUGGGCGUUUACAUAACUUUCACAACUUCUACAAUAUUUGCACAGUGACAGAUUCAUUCCUGUUCUCCUCAGGUCAAAAUGAGUCUGGAGUUGCUGUCCAUGAUGACAGAAUCUACGUAGUUGGAGGAUACUCCAUUUGGACCAAUGAGCCCCUGGCAUGCAUUCAGGUGCUGGAUCUGAGCGCAGAAGGGAAGGAGGAGGUUUUCUACGGGCCAACGCUGCCUUUCGCUUCAAACGGGAUCGCCACCUGUUUCCUCCCGGCUCCUCACUUCACCUGCCCGAACCUGCAGACUCUGCAAGUCCCCCAUCACAGGAUGGGUGCUGUUUAA